GAUCAUAAAUUGAUAGGUAAGUAACUACAUGUUUAUUCAAACCUACAACAACUAUCUAUUCAAUUUAUAGUGUAGCUCAAAAGUAGAGAAAACAGAGAAAAUGGAUAGUAAGAUUAGCAGUUUGAAACAUCUGUUUGUGACAGUAUUUCUCUCAAAUUUUGCAUUAAAUGUGGUGAAUCCAGCAAUGACUGAUAUCACUAUGGACGCACUUUGCCCUUCUCAAGACAAAUGCUCUCUUGCCAUUUAUCUUUCUGGUUUACAGCAGGCUAUUAUGGGACUUGGAUCAAUGUUGAUGAUGCCACUGAUUGGAAACUUAUCUGAUGUACAUGGAAGAAAAGCUCUGCUCAUUGUCCCUGUGACUGCCUCCAUUCUUCCAUCUGUAAUAAUGGCAUAUAGGAGGACUACAAACUAUUUCUAUGCCUACUAUGUCGUAAGGACCGUGACUGGCAUGCUCAGCUAUACUGGCAUUCAGUGCCUACCCAUUGCUUAUGCGGCAGAUUACAUAUCAGAAGAGAAGCGUGCUUCUGCUAUUGGAAUUGUGGCAGGUGUUGGCUCUGCUGCAUAUUUAUGCGCUACAUUUGCUGUUCGUUUCCUCUCCACAGCUCAAAUAUUUCUGGUGUCAUCUAUUUCUUCAACGGCCGCGGCAGUAUACAUGACAAUAUUUCUAAAGGAGACAACUCGUAUUAAUAAGAACGACGAUGCUCUCAAUCAACCCAUAUUAACCAAUAAUGCUGAUGAGUCGGGAGGCGAUGAUUCCUCAGAGAGAACGUUGAGUCCUAAAAAUAUUCCGUCGUUUUACCAUAUUAUUAGGUUGCUCAAGAGUAGCACCACAUUUUCAUUGGCAACAAGUAUUGCAUUCUUAUAUGGUAUUGGUGAGGGUGGAAUACAAACUCCAUUUAUGUACUUCUUAAGGGCUCGCUUUCAUUACAACAAAGACAAUUUUGCUAUUCUAAUGUUGAUUUGCUACGGUGGAGCAACAUUUUCUCAGUUGAUCUUAGUCCCUAAGUUGGCUCCUAUAAUACGAGAAGAGACGAUACUAUCCUUGGCGCUCAUAGCUGGUUUUACCAAUAUGCUAAUAGAUAGCAUUUCAUGGGCAGCCUGGGUUCCUUAUGUAGUUGCUUUGUUUCCUAUGUUUCUCUUCCUAGCAAAACCAGCUGUAAGUUGUCUCUUGUUUUCUCCGAAAAAUAAUGGACUACUUUUCAAUUUUUUAUUUUUAUUUUUAUUUUUUUUUGUACUUUGUUUGAUUGAUUAUCAUGGUUGUAAUAUUUAUCUAAAUGCUUUAUUCAAUUUAGCUACAAAGCAUUGUUUCAAAACAAGUUGGGCCAAACGAACAGGUAAUUUAGCAUAAAUACCUUUCAUUAGCUAUAUACAUCACUGUGGUAUACAAUUGACCUUGAUUUAUACUUUUGUACAAGCUAAGAUUACAAUAUUAGGAUCUAAUUAAACUAUGAAAAGUAUCUUUGUUAUAAAUAGAAUCCUAUUUAUGGUGAAU